AUGUCAAAGCCCUUUUUCUUCGCUCAACCAUUCCGCUAUAUGCGAUGGGCCUCAUAUGAGAAACCGGCUAUCUUCUACUCGAUUGUCAUCGGCUCUCUCGGGCCUGUAGCACUCUUCGCGCUGCCCCCAAUCAGACGAUACUUCGGCGACGUUGACCCCGCGGAAAUCCCUUUCUCAUACCCAGUCCCCGCCGGACCAAGGAAGAUACCUCAGGGCUACGAUGAUGAGUAA